AUGGCGGUCCCCUGGAGAAGCAAAGCGCCGCUUGCCCGGCGGAGGAGAGCAGCGGUGCCCUCCCGAGGGACGGGCCUGGCCAGGCGGGGAGGAGGCGCGCCGCUGCCCAGGCGCCGGGUCCUCGUCGUCCCCCCCUCGAGGCGGGGAAAGAAGUCGCCCGAAGAGGGAGGCGCUCUGGCCAGAAGAGACCCGAGGGCGCCCCUCAAGAGGAAGGGAGCGGCCAGGCGGCGGCGGAGGAGGAGGAAAGAGCCGAGCCCGCCGAGGAGGGGCUCCCUUCUCAGCCCAAGUCGCAGGAGGGAGACCUCCCAGGGAAGAAGCCGGAGCGGCCCGGCGCAGGAGGGAGACCUCCCGGGGAAGAAGCCGGAGCGGCCCGGGACGGGAGCCGGGGCGGCGGCCACCAAGGUGCGGAAGAGCCGACCUGCCCCCGUGGAAGAGCCGGCCGGCGCGGACCCCAAGCAGAAGGGGGCCCUGAUCCUCCCGCGGGUCUUGGAGAAGCUGAAACUAGCCAAAGAGGAGCGGUCGAAAGCCGCGCAGCUGGUCAACAAGGUCAGGGACACGGUGGUGGCGGCCAUCAGGAAGAGCCCCUGCUUCCGCGAGGUCGAGCCCCUGGGCGCCGGCAGUUACUACGAGCGCGUCAAGGUGUGUAGCCCAAAUGAGUUUGAUAUUUUGCUAAAAAUGCCAGGUCUAAGGUUUGAGCUGGAAACCUGCGAUGUGAGUGGCUCUUGUGGCGCUUUUUAUUAUAUAAAGAUGAAAAGGAAUCCGCAAAAAGGGAACUUGAACAAGUUUAUAGAGAAUGAUCGGCUUUCAUCUUGCCUUGUGCUUUCGGAACUGACGAAGAUUAUUAAAGAAGGAGUAAAGGAAACAGAAGAUGUGAAAGUGUCUACAAAGAGGCCUGGAUGUCCAGCAGUAACUCUUCUCAUUGGAAAGGAACCUUCAGUUAUAACAGUAGACAUCGUACUUGGUGUGGAAUUUCGGCAUACAUUUUGGGGUAACAGUACAAAGAAUGGCUUGGAUAUUGAAAGGUGGCUAGGAAAGAAAGUAAAGCAAGAGUUUCAUCGUGCACCACUCUACCUUGUACCUAAGAAUGUCAAAGAAGGAAGAGCUUUCAUAGGUAAUACUUGGCGACUAUCUUUCUCAGUAAUUGAAAAGGAGAUAUUAAAUAAUCAUGGAUCCACAAAGACAUGCUGUGAAAAAUGUGGCUCACCAUGCUGUAGGAAAAACUGUCUUAAACUUAUGAAAUAUCUCUUGGAACAACUUAAAACAAAACAUGAAAACAAAAAUCAAUUCCAAAAAUUUUGUUCUUAUCACGUCAAAACUGCCUUUCUCCAUGUGUGUGGCAAAUGGCCCAGAGAUGAACAAUGGCAAGAUCUUGAUAAAUGUUUCAACAGAUUGUUAGAUUAUUUUCUGGACUGCCUUAAACAGGCUAACCUUCCACACUUUUUUAUACCCAGCUAUAACUUCUUUUGCAAUGAGAAGAUUGAAAAGACAAAGUAUAAUGCACUUGUGAAAGUAAUUGAAAUGGAAAAAAACAACAACUUUCCUCUAUUUUUUCUGUAGGUUUCAAGACUAAAAAUAGGAACUAAUUCAUAGAUUAGCUUGAAUGAGAAUACAGAUAUUUUAAUUAAAGGGAGACUCAGAUAUAGCUGGAACAACAGUCCUUGGACUGAUCGCGAGAGGCAGAAGGGGCUGGACCUGACAUGGCAGCUCUCAGGCGGAUGCCCUGAAAUGCUGGGGGGUGCCAGGAGGACAAUGGGGACAGUUCCUCCCUCCAGCUUCCCACUGGCCACUGGAUUUCAUUGGCUGACAGGAAAAUUUUAAAUUAGAAGUGCAGACAGGUGAGUGGGAAAGCAGUGGGUUCCAAUCUGGCUUGCCUGCCUGACAUAAAAUGGAGUGAGAUUGCUCCAGCCAGUUUGCGUCUCAUCAGAUUUUUUCCCCUUCCCCAUCCCCCUUGUUUUAUGGUGAUGGUAUGGUGGUACCUGUAUAGGUUAAUGUUUACUGCUUGGGUAUUAGGGGUUAUUGGUUGGCUGUUAUGGGUACUAUGUGUCUUGUUGCCUUUGUCAUGCCUUAGUUGGCUGUUUGGGGCAUUGGGGUGGGAUCCAGAUGGUAUGAGGUUGGCAUGCUUGCUUGGGUUGUUAAAGAAAUCCUUUUAAGGAGCACUGAGACUGGGCCAUGGUUUGGUCUAGCUUGGGAGCCUAUUGGCACAGACCUUCUCUCAGAUUUUAGUCAUGUGGUCUCCAUAGGAAUACCACUCCUGGUAAAAUCUUCAGCAGGUAUUGAAGGGGUGUUCAGGUCUUUCAAUGCAACAGAUCCAUCCCCCCAAUGCUAUGCCAGGACCUGCCACUGUAAGUAAUAAAGUUUUCUUCCAAAGAAUUGUGUGCUGUUUUCUUUGCAUUUAGGGUCAGCUGACCUGAGGCUUGCUUAGCACUAAGCUAACAAAGAGCAGACUAUAGCAGCAUCUACAACCAAACAACAACACAUUAAGAAACACUGUACCAAACAGAGGUUUGUCUUUUUCCAGCCACUCUUAAUUUGGUUGCUAUUGACUGUUGUGGAAAAUUUUAUCUAACUUUUUUGAUAAUGGAUUUGCAUCUGUGUGCCUGUUAUUAGCCAAAUAUGAACUAUCUGGUUCAAUAUAAGGCCAUUGAGGGUGCUGAGUAACAGCUGUUUGUUUACCAAGACUGUGAAGAAUGAUGAAAUCUACAUUGAAACCUGCCAUCUCUAACUGACUGCAUGGCUGCAGUCUCCAUUCUCAAAUUUGCUUAUAAACAAUACAGCCUGGUCCCUACAUCUAGCUAUGAUAAUUUUAAGUAUUCUGCACAGUCCCACCCCCCCAACCCCAUAAAGCCCAGCCUGAGCCCUGCAGGACUCCAAAGCUAGUGCCUGUCUGUGUGGUUUUCGUGGUCUAAUAAACGUAUUGGCCAACUUUAUGAACGUUUUUUUUUAUACACCUGUGUUCUAAGUAUCAGUACACAUAAUACAGAGAGACCUGUUAAUAUUCUACAGAAUGCCUACAAGAUAGAGAUAAAAAGUACUUCAUGCCUACUGGAAAAUUUUAUGAGCUGAUUUUCUAAUUCAGUUUGUCACAUUGCUGGCAUACUUCCAUCCACAACAUUUUUUCUUCCUUCAGAUGUUGCCAUAUGCUAGGUUUUUGCCCACCUCCAAAUUAGGCCCUAUGAUUAUUUCUAGUAGUCAUUACAAGACUGAUAUUACUGUAGCUCAGAAGUUCUUGACCUCAUUGCUACACAGGGUUUACCUAAAGAUGUGUUAUUUAAAAGUACAGUGGGGUCUUGACUUGAGAACUUAAUCCGUAUUGGAAGGCGGUUCUCAAGUCAAAAAGU